AUGGCGUUUCUAUAUUUGUUAGUUGGAGUAUCACAUCCAGGUGGAUAUUUUGAUAUUCCAGCUGGAUUUCAUCAAAUCAUCAAUUAUAGGCAAGUUUGGGUAUCCGGUAUUUUGAUAUGUUUUUCAAUAGCAUUUUUCAAUUACUUUGGCUUAAGUGUUACGAGGAGUAUUAGUGCUACUGCUAGGUCUACGAUUGACACUAGCAGAAUCGUUUUCAUUUGGAUUGUUUCAUUGUUCAUUGGGUGGGAAACAUUUUCUUGGUUGCAAGUUGUUGGAUUUAUCGUUCUCAUAUGCGGAACCUUUAUUUUCAAUGAUGUCAUAAGCCCACCGUCUUGUUUUGUCGUACCACCACCUCAGACUAACGAAAAUCAACCUUUGUUGCCCGAAGAUCAUGAGCACUCCUAA